AUGGAUUCUGAUCUCUAUGAUGAGUUUGGUAACUACAUCGGUCCUGAAUUAGAUUCCGAUGACGAUGAUGGCGAGGAGAUUACUAAUAAUCGUGAUGAAGACGAUAAUGAGGAAGAAGAACAAGAACAGAUGGAGGAAGAUGAUAACGAAGAGAUUCCUCAAAAUCAAAUUGUUCUUCAUGAGGACAAGAAAUACUAUGCGUCCGCAGUUGAAGUUUAUGGAGAGGGCGUCGAAACUUUGGUUGAGGAGGAAGAUGCUCAAGCUCUUACCGAACCAAUUGUCAAGCCGAUUUCAAAAAAGAAAUUCCAAGCCGCUGAACAUCAGUUGCCCAAUACAACAUACAAAAAAGAGUAUUUGGCGGAUCUAAUGGACUGCCCACAUAUUAUGAGAAAUGUGGCUAUUGCUGGGCAUUUGCAUCAUGGAAAGACUACGUUCCUUGAUUGUCUCAUGGAGCAAACGCAUCCGGAAUUCUAUAGAGCUGAAGAUGCUGAUACUCGCUAUACUGAUACAUUGUUCAUUGAGCAACAAAGAGGAUGUUCAAUCAAAGCAAUGCCAGUUUCGAUUGUUACUCAAGACAGUCGCAGCAAGAGCUACCUUCUCAAUGUUAUUGAUACCCCAGGACACGUUAAUUUUUCGGAUGAAAUGACUGCGGCUUACCGUCUAGCCGAUGGUGUAGUAAUAUUUGUUGACGCUCAUGAAGGGGUAAUGAUGAACACAGAGCGUGCGAUUCGUCACGCUGUCCAGGAAAGGCUACCCGUUACACUUUGCAUUGCGAAAAUUGACCGUCUUUUCCUCGAAUUGAAACUUCCGCCAACCGAUGCUUAUUACAAGCUUCGAUUAAUUAUUGAUCAAGUCAAUAGUAUAUUGGAGACCUAUUCGGAAUCGGAGGUAUCUGUAAUGUCUCCACUUAACGGUAACGUCAUUUUUUCGUCUGGACGUUACAACGUCUGCUUCUCACUUUUGUCAUUUGCGAAUAUUUACUCCAAACAAUUCGGAGAAUCGUUCAAUCCAAAAGAAUUCGCCAGAAGACUUUGGGGCGAUAUUUAUUUAGACAAAAAGACUAGAAAAUUUUCUAAGAAAGCUCCUAAUGGUGACGCUCCUCGAACGUUUGUCGAAUUUAUUCUGGAACCACUGUAUAAGAUAUUCUCGCAAGUGGUUGGUGAUGUUGAUACGUGCCUACCGUCUAUGAUGGCCGAAUUAGGCAUUCGAUUGUCGAAGGAGGAACAGAAAAUGAAUGUCCGACCGUUGAUAUCUCUGAUUUGCAAGAGAUUUUUUGGAGAUUUUACGGCAUUUACUGAUCUCGUCGUCAAUAACAUUAAAUCUCCACUCGAUAACGCUAAAACAAAAGUUGAACAAACUUAUUUGGGACCUUCCGACAGCAGUUUGUCCAUUGAAAUGCAGAAAUGUAAUGCUGAUGGCCCUUUGAUGGUUCACACCACAAAAAAUUACCCAACCGCUGAUGCAACGUCAUUCCGUGUUCUUGGCCGUGUAAUGAGUGGAACUCUUGAAGCCAACGCUGAUGUUCGUGUUCUUGGAGAAAAUUACAGCAUCCAGGAUGAGGAAGAUUGUCGCAUUAUGACUGUUGGAAGGCUAUGGGUACACGUGGCAAGAUAUCAGAUCGAAGUUAGUCGAGUUCCAGCCGGAUGUUGGGUUUUAAUCGAGGGCAUCGAUCAGCCAAUUGUGAAAACGGCUACAAUUGCUGAACGUGAGUAUGAGGAGGAUGUUUAUAUCUUCCGACCAUUGAAAUUCAAUACGAGGAGCGUUGUCAAACUCGCUGUCGAACCAAUUAACCCUUCCGAACUUCCGAAAAUGCUAGAUGGUCUUCGAAAAGUUAACAAGUCUUAUCCAUUGUUGACGACACGUGUCGAGGAAUCUGGAGAGCACGUUCUUCUUGGAACUGGCGAAUUGUAUAUGGAUUGUGUAAUGCAUGAUAUGAGAAAAGUGUUCUCCGAAAUUGAUAUCAAAGUUGCUGAUCCAGUUGUGACAUUCAAUGAAACUGUUAUCGAGACCAGUACAUUGAAAUGUUUCGCAGAAACUCCAAACAAAAAAAAUAAAAUCACGAUGAUGGCCGAACCUCUUGAAAAACACCUUGACGAAGACAUUGAAAACGAAGUAGUUCAAAUCGGUUGGAAUCGAAGACGGCUUGGAGAAUUCUUCCAAUCGAAGUACAACUGGGAUUUGUUAGCUGCAAGAUCGAUUUGGGCUUUUGGUCCUGAUACUACUGGGCCAAAUAUUUUCCUUGAUGAUACUUUGCCGUCGGAAGUGGAUAAGCACUUGUUGUCAACCGUUCGAGAAUCGCUUGUUCAAGGAUUUCAGUGGGCCACUAGAGAAGGACCACUAUGUGAAGAGCCAAUUCGUCAAGUUAAGUUUAAAUUAUUGGAUGCGACAAUUGCUCAAGAGCCGCUGUAUCGUGGUGGAGGUCAAAUGAUCCCGACUGCUAGAAGAUGCGCCUAUUCUGCGUUUUUGAUGGCAACUCCUCGAUUAAUGGAGCCAUACUACUCUGUGGAAGUAAUUGCACCCGCAGAUUGCGUUUCGUCGGUUUAUACGGUGUUGGCUAAACGUCGUGGUCACGUUACCACCGAUACCACAAUUCCAGGAUCGCCGUUGUAUUCUGUCAAUGCUUAUAUUCCUGUAAUGGACUCGUUUGGAUUUGAGACUGAUCUACGCACGCACACUCAAGGUCAAGCGUUUUGCAUGUCAGUGUUCCAUCACUGGCAAUUGGUUCCAGGCGAUCCGCUUGACAAGACUAUCGUAAUCAAGCCGCUUGAAUUGCAGCCGACACCACAUUUGGCCCGAGAGUUCAUGAUUAAAACAAGACGACGAAAGGGACUUUCGGAAGAUGUUUCGGUGAACAAGUUCUUCGACGAUCCUAUGCUUCUCGAGCUCGCCAAACAACAAGAUGUUUUCACGUAUUCUGGAUUCUAA